AAGUGGAUGCACCGGGGCCGGUGGCAGCAGGGAGUGCUCACCCACCCACCCACCGGCGAGAGGCAAUGAAAUAUUGCGCUCUGACAGGAUGACGGCCCGCUCGGCGCAUUGGAGAUGACACGCUCCUUCCCGGACCCAAGUGUCGGCUCUUGCUAGGCUCCGCUCUGCUGGGUGUAAACACUGUCUGGUCCUGUCGCGUCCUGUGACCUGUCUUCCGUAGUGCGAGCUGCACGGCCGAGGAACGGACGCCCGCCAGGAGAGCAUCAUGGCUGGGAAGGUGAAGUGGGUGACGGACAUCGAGAAAUCAGUGCUCAUCAACAACUUCGAGAAAAGGGGAUGGGUCCAGGUGUCUGAAAACGAAGACUGGAACUUCUACUGGAUGAGCGUCCAGACCAUCAGGAAUGUCUUCAGUGUGGACAAUGGCUACCGCCUGUCAGACGACCAGAUCGUCAACCAUUUCCCCAACCACUACGAGCUCACCAGGAAAGACCUCAUGGUCAAAAACAUCAAGAGGUACAGGAAGGAGCUGGAAAAGGAAGGAAGCCCUCUCGCUGAAAAGGACGAAAAUGGCAAAUAUGUUUACUUAGAUUUUGUACCGGUGACUUUCAUGCUCCCUGCUGACUACAACCUGUUUGUGGAGGAGUUCAGGAAAAACCCUUCCAGCACAUGGAUAAUGAAACCUUGUGGGAAAGCCCAGGGAAAGGGCAUAUUCCUCAUCAACAAGCUUUCCCAGAUCAAGAAAUGGUCACGGGACAGCAGGACCUGCACGUUUGUGGCGCCAUCUAGUGGCAAGGAGGCGUAUGUCAUCUCUCUCUACAUCGACAACCCCCUGCUCAUCGGUGGGAAGAAAUUCGACCUGCGCCUGUAUGUGCUGGUGACCACCUACCGCCCCCUGAAGUGCUACAUGUAUAAACUGGGAUUUUGCCGAUUCUGUACUGUGAAGUAUACUCCAAGCACCAGUGAGCUGGACAAUAUGUUUGUGCACCUCACGAAUGUAGCAAUACAGAAACAUGGGGACGAUUACAAUCACAUUCACGGUGGGAAGUGGACGGUCAGUAACUUGCGACUUUACCUGGAGAGCACCCGUGGUAAGGAGGUGACCGACAAGCUGUUUGAUGAUAUCCACUGGAUAAUGAUGCAGUCGCUCAAGGCUAUAGCGCCUGUAAUGAACAAUGACAAGCACUGCUUUGAGUGUUACGGUUAUGACAUCAUCAUUGAUGAUAAACUCAAGCCUUGGCUGAUUGAGGUCAACGCUUCCCCCUCGCUGACAUCAAGCACAGCCAACGACCGGAUCCUGAAGUACAACCUGAUGAACGACACGCUCAACAUCGUCACCCCGAAUGGAGAAAUCCCAGACUGCAGGUGGAAUCGCAGUCCGCAGAAGGAAGCUCUUGGAAACUAUGAACUGUUGUAUGACGAGGAGCUGGCACAGAGCGAGAACGCAGACCGCGACCUCAGGAGCCGGUCUGGACAGUCUCUGGGAUCCAAAGGCGGCAGGGCAAGCAGCAUGAGGCCAGGGCCUGCCACGUGGAAGUGACAGAUCGCAUCUGGGAAACAAGGCGCCCGCCUGCCCGCCUGCCGCUUCUUCUGGGAUGAAGAGGAGGAAAUGCAGAUCGCAGUAACUUCCAAAGAGGGCCGUGUUUACGUGGCUUUCUCUAUAAUAACAAACUGUUUUGGGUUCACUUAUUCACUUGUUUCUGCCACACUGAAAAGGCAGAGAUGACCUCAGUCUGACAGGGCAGUUAGUUAUUAGUGCAUGAAGAGCAUGAGUCCAGACCAAUUACUUUCUGCAUCACAUACUGUACUCUGGGUUAACUGCAGCUGCAUUUUUAAGUAUGUGGAACUGAAACACUAAUGAACACCAUUUUUCCUACCCAUUUAUAUAUGUUUGCACAGAUGGCAAAAUGUUAUUGUUUUGAAAAUAAUAACAAAGUUAUUUUUCUGUUCAGUACUUACGUCUGAUGUAUUGAGAAGUCGCUCUAUCACAGGUUCAACUGUUACUAAAAGACAGGUGUAUAGUUCAGCUUGAACAAUGUGGCAGCAAUGUGUAUUACUUGGACAAUACAGGACUGUGUUUGACAUUAAGGGUAACAUAAAUUCAGACUAUUGGAAAGGCAGAAAAAAAUUAAAGCAGAUUUAAAAGGCUAGGGUGCACCAUGAUAGAUUUUGGUGGACGCUGAUGCAUGAACUAA